GAGUGACGCAGCGUGGCAGUCAAUGCAGGACGGUGUGUGACUGUCUGUCCUCCGGCUGCCAUCCCCAUCAUGGCCUCCACGCCGACACCAGCACGGCCGAGGAUGAAGCCGCCAGCUAGCGGCGUGAAGACGGACACCCAGCAGAGGCACCGGUAGAGAGAGGCGCAGAGCCGCUUCGCAGCCCACAUGCCAGCCACGUCUUUCCAGCCUAGUCCGGUGCUCAACAACCCGAGGCUGCGAACCCGGGCGGCGGCGCCACAAACAUGUCAACAAACCGGGAUUACUCGGUCAAUCUGUCGGUGCAGCAAGUGCUGAGUCUUUGGGUGCAAGGGACGGCGCUGCAACAUUUCACAGAGAUGUGGUACUGGGUCUUCCUCUGGUGCCUCUUCUCCUCGCUCUUGGUCCACGGGGCGGUGGGCCUGCUCAUGUUGGUCAUGCUGCAGCGCCACAAGAGGGGUCGCCUCAUCACCCUCGUGCUGGUCAGCGUGGGUUUCCUGGCCUCCCUCUCCGGAGGCGUCGUCACCAGCGCAGCAGUGGCGGGGGUGUACCGCGUGGCAGGCAAGGGCAUGGCACCGCUGGAGGCUCUCAUUCUCGGCGUGGGCCAGACCUGCCUCUCCGUGGUCGUAUCCUUCUCCCGCAUCCUGGCCACACUAUGAAGCCACCGACCGUCGGCGGACGCAAACACCGACGGACAGAGCCUGGUCGGACUCAUACUCAUACGGAGUUGCCUCUUGGACCUUUGCGACCGGGUGCAGACCAGACCCUCAUGCUGCCAAGCUGGUCUCUACCGCUGCCCCGAAUACCGAAGCUAAUUCCUGAUGAGCGCAAGCAGCACCAUCCUCAGCUUCUGGCCUGAAAGCCACGUUGAGGAUGUUCUCUCCAGAGGAAACUCGGUCUUCUCUGGGAUUUCCUACAGGUCUUUGUGGACACUGACUUUCCAAGGAUCUUGCUUCCCAUAUACAGGAAUGAUCAACUAGAAGUUCAGUUGUUUUUUUCUACAAGCAGCAAUCGAGAUGGAUUUUAAUCUCGGGAGCAAAUGUUGAGCACUGAAGUCUCGACGGUGUGAAGUCGGAGCAGGCUCUCUUCUCAUGGUCAUUCCAGCUGCACAGCCGUGUUGUCCCAGUCCGGCCAGCAGGACUCAAGAUGGGUGAAUCCCGCCAACUUGGGAGAGAAAACGAGUAUCGGUGCCAUAACGGUUUGGGUUUUUACGGAGAAGAAUGCCAGUUUUAGGAAAAUGGGUACAAUUCGGUUCUGUUUUUGUUUAGACUUAGACCAGGCCUGGGCAAUUAUUUAGACUCGGGGGGGCCACAUUUAGAGACAAAAAUGUGUCUAUUUUUAGGAAUACUAAUACACAACCUCACAAUAAUAUCUGAUUGAAUGCUAAAAACUUUAUGACAGACCGCCUAAAGAAAACGUAAUGGAAUUUUACAUUUUUCUAUGAAGGAUAAAACACUGAAUAUUGACAACAUAUGAACGUCACGCCCCCCCCUCUCCAUCCACAUAUUUUACAAUCAAGUGAAAUGCAACAAAAAGUGAAAUAUGAACGCAAAGGGGACAUAACAAACCCGCCUACAAUCUGAUGUAUCUGAUACAUCACUAAGCUUUAGAACUUUGUUGUGAAAUUCUCCUUCCGCCUCUGUGGAAACGCUUCCCGCCCACACUGCUUGGUGCCUCGUCUGAGCUGCUGUGACUUACAUUAGCAUAGUAACUAAUUAGUUGACCAUAGUAACUAAUUAGUUGACCAUAGUAACUAACUAGUUGACCAUAGUAACUAACUAGAUGACCAUAGUAACUAAUUAGUUGACCAUAGUAACUAAUUAGUUGACCAUAGUAACUAAUUAGUUGACCAUGGUAACUAAUUAGUUGACCAUAGUAACUAAUUAGUUGACCAUAGUAACUAAUUAGUUGACCAUAGUAACUAGUUAGUUCACCAUAGUAACUAGUUAGUUCACCAUAGUAACUAACUAGAUGACCAUAGUAACUAAUUAGUUGACCAUAGUAACUAAUUAGUUGACCAUAGUAACUAAUUAGUUGACCAUAGUAACUAAUUAGUUGACCAUAGUAACUAGUUAGUUCACCAUAGUAACUAGUUAGUUCACCAUAGUAACUAAUUAGAUGACCAUAGUAACUAAUUAGUUGACCAUAGUAACUACAAACCCUGUUUCCAUAUGAGUUGGGAAAUUGUGUUAGAUAUAAAUAUAAACAGAAUACAAUGAUUUGAAAUUCAUUUUCAACCCAUAUUCAAUUGAAUAUGCUACAAAGACAACAUAUUUGAUAAACAUUUUUUAUUUUUUUUUUUGCAAAUAAUCAUUAACUUUAGAGUUUGAUGCCAGCAACACGUGACAAAGAAGUUGGGAAAGGUGGCAAUAAAUACUGAUAAAGUUGAGGAUUGCUCAUCAAACACUUAUUUGGAACAUCCCACAUGUGUGGGAUGUGUCAUCCGGACCAAAGGGGAAGCGAACCAUCCAGACUGUUAUUGAUGCAAAGUGUAAAAGCCAGCAUGUGUGAUGGUAUGGGGGUGUAUUAGUGCCCAAGACAUGGGUAACUUACACAUCUGUGAUGGUAUGGGGGUGUAUUAGUGCCCAAGGCAUGGGUAACUUACACAUGUGUGAUGGUAUGGGGGUGCAUUAGUGCCCAAGGCAUGGGUAACUUACACAUGUGUGAUGGUAUGGGGGUGUAUUAGUGCCCAAGGCAUGGGUAACUUACACAUGUGUGAUGGUAUGGGGGUGUAUUAGUGAACAAGGCAUGGGUAACUUACACAUGUGUGAUGGUAUGGGGGUGUAUUAGUGCCCAAGGCAUGGGUAACUUACACAUGUGUGAUGGUAUGGGGGUGUAUUAGUGAACAAGGCAUGGGUAACUUACACAUGUGUGAUGGUAUGGGGGUGUAUUAGUGCCCAAGGCAUGGGUAACUUACACAGGUGUGAUGGUAUGGGGGUGUAUUAGUGCCCAAGGCAUGGGUAACUUACACAUGUGUGAUGGUAUGGGGGUGUAUUAGUGCCCAAGGCAUGGGUAACUUACACAUGUGUGAUGGUAUGGGGGUGUAUUAGUGAACAAGGCAUGGGUAACUUACACAUGUGUGAUGGUAUGGGGGUGUAUUAGUGCCCAAGGCAUGGGUAACUUACACAUGUGUGAUGGUAUGGGG